AUGAGGUGCUUGGGAGUGGCAGAGAAGUAUGUGAAGGUGGUGAAGGACAUGUACGAAAACAGCGUAACAGCAGUAAGGUGUGCUGCAGGAAUGACGGAGGGUUUCGGAAUGGAGGUGGGACUGCACCAGGGAUCGGCUUUGAGCCCUUUCCUGUUUGCAGAAAUGAUGAACAGACUGACUGAUGAGGUCAGACAGGAAUCACCACGAACUAUGAUGUUCGCAGACAACGUAGUGAUCUGUUGCGAAAACCGGAAAGAAGUGGAGACAGAAUUAGAGAGGUGGAGAUAUGCACUGGAGAAAAGGGGAUUGAAAGUGAGCAGGAGCAAGACUGAGUACAUGUGUCUCAAUGGAGGUGAUGGGGAGACAAUAAGGCUACAAGGUGUGCAAAUGACAAAUGUUGAUGAAUUUAGAUAUUUGGCGUCCACGGUACAGAGUAAUGGAGAUUGUGGUAGGGAGGUGAAGUAG